CUGUCCCACCUCUGAUCACUUUGACCUACUUCAAUAUAUCUACAUCUCUUCUAUAUCAGAGUUGUGCAGGUCACCAUGUCUCUCCCUCCGCCCCCUCCUGAACCGUCCAGCGUGCCACCUCCCCCGUCCGACAUUCCGCCACCCCCAGCUCCCCCGGAAGUCAAACCCCCAGCGAAGAAAGGAUGGGGAAAUACGAAGAAGCAGCCCAUCAGCGUGGAAGACCUCUUGAGGAAGAAGAGAGAGGCGGAUGAAGCAGCGGCGAAGCCGAAAUUCAUGUCCAAAGCGAAGCGUGAGAAAUUGGCCCUGGAGAGAUUGGCCAAAGAAAGAGAGGAGCAACAGCGACGGCGAGAAUCGAGCCAGAAUGGAAAUGGAAAUGGAAAUGGAUCUCAGCCCGCCAUUGCGCCUCCGUCCAACGAUAGGGAAUCCGUAACCCGACGACCAAACAGAAUGGCACCACCAUCAAUACCCACCGGUCCUCGAGCCUUGCGCCACGGCGAAGUCCCUACCGGACCCGCAGCGAUGCGCGGUAGCCAGUCGAACCGUAGCGCCGAGUCCGCGCCAGCACAGAAUGGCGCGUCUUCCGGGAAGGGCGACAAGAGGCUGGUGCCGGAGGAUGCGGAAGUGCAGAUCAUCCGGCAGAGGUACAUGGGAGCCGACCAGAAUACAUCGACAUUUUCAGCCAAGAAGAAGCGGAAGCGAACCACGGAGAAGAAGUUCAAUUUCGAGUGGAACGCGAACGAGGAUACCAGCCGAGACUACAAUCCCAUCUACGAGACGAAGGCGGAUGUCAACUUCUUCGGCCGAGGACACGGGGGCGGCAUCUCCGAUGAUACGGACGAGGCGGUUCAACGAUACGCGCAAGCCGUGGCGGACCUUGAUCCCGAGGCAGGGAGUGCCCGAGCGCAGCAAAUAUUGGAGAUGGAACGCCGACGAAAGGAGGAGAGCAGCCGCAGUUCGUUGGACAAGCACUGGAGUGAGAAGAAGUUGGAGCACAUGCGGGAACGAGACUGGAGGAUAUUCAAGGAGGACUUCAACAUCAGCACGAAAGGCGGCUCCAUACCCAAUCCGAUGCGGUCAUGGAAGGAAUCCGGCCUCCCCAAACGACUUCUCGAUAUCGUCGAACAAGUCGGCUAUAGCGAGCCGAGUGCUGUCCAGCGGGCCUGUAUCCCGAUCGCCCUCCAAGCCCGCGAUCUCAUCGGCGUGGCCGUGACCGGGUCCGGUAAAACCGCCGCGUUCCUGCUCCCCCUCCUAGUAUACAUCGCGGAGCUCCCGGAGCUCAACGAAUUCAACAAGAACGACGGACCGUACGCGAUCAUCCUCGCACCCACCCGCGAACUGGCGCAGCAGAUCGAAACCGAGGCGAAGAAGUUCGCCACACCGCUGGGUUUCACCUGCGUCAGUAUUGUCGGUGGACAUUCCAUCGAGGAGCAGUCGUACAACCUCCGCAACGGCGCAGAGAUCAUCAUCGCGACGCCUGGCCGGUUGCUGGACUGCAUCGAGCGGCGGGUGCUCGUGCUCGGCCAAUGCUGCUACGUCAUUAUGGACGAAGCGGACCGCAUGAUCGACCUCGGUUUCGAGGAGCCGGUCAACAAGAUCCUCGACGCGCUGCCCGUACAGAACGAGAAGCCAGACACAGACGACGCGGAGGACGCCCGCGCGAUGACCACCCACAUCGCCGGCCGCGACACCCGCUACCGUGAGACCAUGAUGUACACCGCCACGAUGCCCAGCGCGGUCGAGCGCAUCGCGCGGAAAUACCUCCGCCGCCCCGCCAUCAUCACCAUCGGCAACGUCGGGGAGGCCGUCGAGACUGUCGAGCAGCGCGUGGAGUUCGUCGCGGGGGAGGACCGCCGCAAGAAGCGCCUGCAGGAGAUCCUCUCGUCGCGGCAGUUCGCGCCGCCCAUCAUCGUCUUCGUCAACAUCAAGCGCAACUGCGACGCCGUGGCCCGCGACCUCAAGCACAUGGGCUUCAACGCCGUUACACUGCACGGCAGCAAGACGCAGGAUCAGCGAGAGGCCGCGUUGGCGCAGCUGCGCAGCGGGACGGCGGACGUGUUGGUGGCGACGGAUCUGGCGGGGCGAGGGAUCGAUGUGCCGGAUGUGAGCUUGGUGGUGAACUUCAACAUGGCAAUGAACAUCGAGGGGUACACGCAUCGAGUGGGGCGGACGGGUCGGGCGGGGAAGAGCGGCGUGGCUAUUACAUUCUUGGGGAACGAGGAUGCCGAUGUCAUGUACGACCUCAAGCAGAUGCUCAUGAAGUCCAGCAUCUCUCGCGUCCCCGAGGAGCUGCGGAAGCACGAGGCCGCGCAACAGAAGCCGACACGAGGGACUCACAAGAAGAUCGAAUAAGGUUCU